GACGGUGACGAUGGGCCAUGGUCUUCCUUCUCGAUCCAGAUCGGUACGCCUCCGCAGCGAUCAAGAUUAUUCGCGUCGACCCGUAGUACUAGUUUCUGGGUACCAGUACCAGAAGGAUGCACGAAGGACGACCCGGAUGAUUGCGGUGAGAACCGCGGGUUCCUGUUUAACACCGGAUCCUCGACCAGUUGGGAGAGCAAAGGAUUAUACGAAUUGGAGACAUACGAAGAGGCCAAGUUAGGCCUGUCCGGGAAUGGGCUCUAUGGCUUCGAUUCGGUCACGAUCGGGUGGCCUGGGGAUAAUGGACCGACUGUCAGCAAUCAAGCCAUCGCCGGCAUUGCGACCAAGGAUUUCUACCUUGGCGGCAUCCCUUUAACUCCAUGGGCGACCAAUUUCACCGAUAUUCAAAAUCCCUUCCCGAGUUUUCUGACGACUUUGAAGGACAACGGAUCGAUUCCGAGCAUUAGUUGGGGAUACACCGCUGGAGCGUACUAUAACGCGCCGCAAGUAUUUGGAAGUCUGAUCCUUGGUGGUUACGAUUUAGCCAGAAUAGAUCCGACCAAGCAACAGGUGUCUCUUUCGCUGGGCUCGGAUGUCUCACGGGAGCAUCUCAUCGCCGUGCAAAAUAUCACGUUUACCUCGGGCUCAUCCCCUCAAAACCUCGCAGCUGCGAGCGACGGCAUUUUUGCAAACAUCAACACUAAUGUGGGUGGGAUGUGGCUGCCGAAGCCCGUCUGCGAUCGGUUUGCGGAGGCGUUUGGAAUCACAUUCGACAAUAGGACGGACCUCUACCUAAUCAACGACACCCAGCACGAAACUCUGAAGCAAUCAAAUCCGUCAGUCACCAUGCAACUUGGCGGGUCGCUUAUCGAUGCUUUGUCCACCGACAUUGUUCUUCCAUAUUCGUCAUUAGCCUUGCAAGCCAAGUCUCCUUUCCUAAAGGGUUCGGCUGGUAGCGAAGCACGCUACCUCCCUAUCCACGUCGCUCCGAAUAACACCGCAUAUACCCUCGGACGCGUCCUCCUCCAACACGCGUACGUCUUCACCGACUAUGAACGCAUGAACUUCACUGUUGCCCCCGCACUUCUCCCCGGUGCGACCAACCCAACUGCCGAGAUUGUCCCCAUCCGAGUCCCAGGUUAUGUAACCACCACCAAAAGCAGCAGCCUCGGCGGUGGGGCGAUUGCCGGGAUCGUCAUCGGCGUCGUUGCCGCCAUCACUGGGGUCGCUCUGGUGUUCUGGUUCAUGUAC